CCUAGUUUCAGCAAAAUAUCUGGUGGAGUUCCUGGAGCCAUGGCUAGCGCUGACAUCAAACCAAAAUCUAUAAGUCGUGCCAAAAAAUGGUCAGAUGAGAUAGAGAAUCUAUACAGAUUUCAGCAAGCUGGAUACAGGGAUGAAAUUGAAUAUAAACAAGUGAAGCAAGUUGAUAUGGUGGAUCGUUGGCCAGAAACAGGAUUUGUGAAGAAACUUCAGAGAAGGGACAAUACUUUCUAUUAUUACAACAAGCAAAGAGAAUGUGAAGACAAAGAAGUCCAUAAAGUGAAAGUUUAUGCAUAUUAA